AUGGGUGAAGAAAUCGAUGCUUUAGACGAUGGGCUGCUGACUAGGACUUAUGAGCUGGGGCUGAAAUGGAUGCAAUGUAGGGAAUAUUCCAAGGCGUUGGGUCUUUUCUCAAAAGCCAUGAAAGUGUCACGAUCGUAUCCGAUGGAAAUGGUGGAAAAUAUUCGUAUACGUGCUGGAAUGCCCAAGAGAUGUGCUUACGAUGAGAGUAAGGCUUACCAUCCUCUGUACGUGAAACUAUUGGAUAGCAGGAUAUCGUGUUUGAUGAAAGUUGGCGACUAUGCACGAGCCGUUAAGGAAUCACAGUAUUUCUGCAAGAUUGAACCGUCUAGUACUAGGGCCUUGUUAAGGCUCGGGAAGUCGUACGAGCUGGCUGAUAAGGGUGAUAGGGCAAGGCAGGUAUACAAGAGCGGAAGGAAACUUGUGAAAGAGUUGAAGGAACGCGGGGUUCUCGUGUCUCCGGUACAUGAGAAGCUUUUCAGUGAUCGGUACGAGGAAUUAUUGAAAAGGAACGCUAUGCAGUUGGUUAAUAGCAAUGAUGCUGAAUCCGGGGCUAGGAAUUCCGAACAGAUACCAAGUAAGAAGCGUGUUUUAAUAGAGCAGAAACUAGUUAACAAUGAGGACAUUGAGGAAAAUGACCUUGUCUCCGAUACAGAUCAAGACCAUGACGGUUCAACGAUGAAUAAGAAAAUGAAACGAGCAACUAUAGACCCUAUCCAAACUUUCCCAACAGAACUUGUGAUAUCUAUCAUGCGGCGAUUGGAUACAAAGGAUAUCACAUCAUGUAUGCUGGUAUCCAAAUUUUGGUAUCGAAAACUAUCGACCACUCCAAUGAUUAUAGACUAUUUAAGUGUUCCCAAGACAAAUUAUUCGAAGAUUAAUUCACUGUUAAGGUUCGUGAAAACGAAACGGUGUGUGAGCUCCGUCAUUCAAUAUCUGAACUUCUCUGUAAUGGCCACUAAUGAAGAAGCUAAGUGUUCACAGUUACUGUUCAACGGAUUGGACCAGGAAGUGAAGAAACUGGUCUUACAAUUCACUAAUUUGAAUAUCUUGAAGGUACUUCAAUUGAUCUCGGAUAAGGAAAAAUUGAUUGCGAAUCUUCAAGAGUUCUCUGUCUUUGGCCAUUAUGAUCCUAACCAUUGGGCAGAUGAGGAUGUUGUUUUCCUUGAACGUAUCGAUAAUUUAAAGAAAAUCGAGGUACUUAUUGGGACCGCUAUGGUGCCAGGUAGAAAUUCUUCCAUACACAGACGCAGACAAUUGCAGUUUCCGAACAAUGACAAUAUAAGUCGUUCCUUACAAUCCAUUAAGUUAAUAUUCAAAGAUAAUGGAUGGACAGGUCCCACGCCGUUUGCUUGCAUCUUUUCUUCGGACACCCUGCGGUUUGCCAAUGUGUCAAAACUUAUUGUUACCAACCGUGAUUUCAGAUUUAACCAGACUGCAGAUUGGAUAAAAAAGUUCCCCAACCUCACGGAUCUUUGGCUAGAGCGGAACACCGGUUUGUCUUUGAUGGGAUUCUUACAGAGCUUGCAAGAGCCAAACGUUUUGAAGCGCUUAAAAUAUUUCACCUUUAGGGAAAGUUCCACUGAAUCUAAUAGGAGCUUCAAUGGCCAAAUGUGGACCGAUGAACAAAUCGAACCCAUUCUUGCAAAUCUUGGAGCGGUCCAGACUUUAGACAUCAUGAACUCUGCCAUUGCAAGAAGUGUGCUAUAUAGGUUGUUAAAUGAACUUCCUUCUAUUAGAAAGCUAAACAUCGGAAAUGUAUUCGAAAUGUCAGAUGAACUUUACCCAAGGACAGACAUAGAAAGUACUGCAUUUCUGUUUUUACGGCAUAUGACGCAUCUAAGGGAUCUCAGUGUACCGAAUAUGAGUUCUCACCAGGUUAGAGCUUUCAGGCAGUUAGCACUUGUCAUAUCAGAAAUUGGUUCAUUAAGUAGGUUGGACCUGUCGUUUAAUCCUUCUAUGCAAGGAUAUCAACUUUAUGACAUUAUAAGAGAACUCUUUGAUAAUGGAAUAACACUUAAAACUUUGGUUAUCGAUGGAUGUUCUCAUAUAUCGGCCACAACGGUCAAGGAUAUUGAACGUAAUGGCUACGUUGAAAACAUUGAGUGUGCCUUCAAUAAGCAACAAUGGGAAAAAUUCGGUGUGAAUUCAUUUUGGUACCGUUAA